GUUUGCUGUACAGUAGCUUCAACGUUCAACAACCGCACGCUUAUUUGGCUUCCAUCACUGCAAUUUGGAUUGCACGCGAUCGCAUUGCUAUUGUCAUAUACAAGUACUGGAGUUUGGGAGCUUCCACACAGAAGGCCCGGACGUCGCUAGGCUUCUAUUUCGGAGUCCGGAGGCGGCCUGCAAGUUUGGGUAUAUCACAUUACUGGCCUCAAUGGCUUGUUAUCGGAUGCUUGCGUCGAUGAGCUGACCGUUUGAUCGCCACUGGCCCAAUUCCUCACUGAUUCCGGCCAUUCAAGUUCAAGGCCUUACUUAAAUAGCAGUGACACGGCACUGCCGCCUGCUUAUCGCUUAAGCGCUUAUGUAUAUGUGCAGUACGGAGGACUGUCUGUUUCGUUCUGGCACUACAGGUUCCAAGCGCACGGAACACCAAUUAGUCCGGUACUGGAUACAAUUUUGGUUGGUUUCUGUUGUUCUUCCAUGUGUCCCGGUCUACUGGAUUGCUCAGGUUUUUCGCGUAGACGCCUUGAUAAUAGGUAUGGCACCCAUUCUUUUGUUAUCAAAUGUCGUUUAUUUUCAACAGGUUUGCCCGUCUCCACAGCGGUUCAAACAGAAAUCUAGGGCUAUGCGAAUGUGUGCAAGCGAACGCUUGCCAUUGGAGCCGCAAUGGGAAUCGUUUAUAACACUAUCGAAUUCAUGGAAUCCACCAUCUUCCCCCUCCCCACUAGUGCCCUCGCCGAUGCUCGCCGACUACUUACAAAGACGUGAGAAACUUAUCGCAGAGGAUCGCGCGCUGCGAAUAGACCAUGUUCGUGCCAACUAUUCAGCGGCCGAGAUCAAGGCAGACAAAGUCGUGCGCUCCAUCCGUGCUAAAGAAGCUGUAUCUGUUUGGGGAGCUGAUCACGAAGACAUCCCUCACCCAUACCCCGGGAUGGAGUUCCUGAAUGCCAAAGAAAUUAUUGUAAAGACAGAUCUUUUUAGCAAAAUAGUCUCCAAAAUGCCAAAGGGUGGACUGUUGCAUUUGCACCAGAACGCCUCGGUGGAGGCCAGAACGGUGCUUGAUCUGGCACUAGGUCAUCCCGCGAUACAUAUCCGUGUCCCGGGUCCGUUAGACGCGGCUUCUCUCGAAACUGUAUUGCCCAAGAUCCAGCCGAUUCCCGUGGAACAGUAUCCUGCCGCCGACGCAGUUGGUAUCACGGAUCUUUUAUAUACCGGCGGCUGGGUUCCUAUCAACAAGGCCCGAGAGCUCUUCGAUCCUGCACUAGGCGGCCCUGCUGGAUUUGAUAAAUGGGUACUUAGCGCCUUUGUGAUCAAUCCCAGUGAUGCGUUUAAGACGUACAAUACGCCGAUGAAAAUCUGGCUGAAGUUUGGGAGUACGUUUGCCGUGACCGAUCCCAUCAUCCGAUUUGUGCCGAUUCAAAAGGAAUACUUGCGGAUGUGCAUUCGCUCGUCGAUAGAUGAUGGCAUCUCGUAUAUUGAGAUACGGACUAGUUUCUUCAAUAAAUAUAUACUUGCAGAGGAUGCAAAGACCAAACUUGAACUACGUGAACUACUCUUGAUAUUUCGAGAGGUCAUAAACGAAGUGAAAGUGGAAAUGAAGGCGAAAGGCCGGGAAGACGAUUUCGCCGGGUUGAAGAUUAUCUAUAAUACCCUGAGAAUUAUCACUGUCGAGGAACUGGAAGCAGAGCUAGAUCGGUGCAGCAGAUUUAAGCAGGAAUUCCCGGACCUUAUUGCUGGAUUUGAUCUCGUGGGCCACGAAGAUGGGGAGGAGUGUAAACCACUGAUUUAUUACGCAGAGCCGCUUCUGCGUUUCGCGGAGCAGCAUCCGGACAUCCCAUUCAUUUUUCAUGCUGGUGAAACUCUGGGCGAUGGGUCUGCAGCGGAUAUGAACCUGUAUGAUGCUAUUCUACUUGGAACAAAGCGUAUCGGACACGGCUUUUCACUAGCCAAGCAUCCCAAAUUGAUGCAAAUUUGUCGAGAGAAGAAGAUAGCAAUUGAAGUCUGCCCUAUAUCAAAUGAAGUGCUGCGUCUUACCUCAUCGAUGCCUAUGCACCCUCUCCCGAUAAUUAUGAACCAAGGCAUUCCGGUGGUACUGUCUUCAGACGAUCCUGCAAUGUUCAAUAGUAUGGGGUUGUCCUUUGAUUUCUUCCAGGUGCUAGUGGCAAGUGAAGUUACGGGACUCCUUACUCUCGGCCAGAUGGCCCGUGACAGCAUUACUUAUUCUAUGCUCGAUGAACGGAGCAAGCGCAAGGCCAUGGAUGCAUGGGAAAGACGGUGGACCAAAUUUAUAGAAGAGGUUGCGGCGAUGAGUCCAUGAAACUUUGGCUCUCGGAUUUCACUUUUGUCGUGCUCGGUGAACGGAGCAGAUGCUCAGUCAUGGAUGCAGGGAAAAUAUGGUGGGCCAAGUACAUAGAAGAGGUUGCGACAUUGAGUCCGUGAACCACUCACAGAAAUACCGAGAUAUAGAGCUCUGGAUGUAGUAGAAAUCAUCAAACUUGUGUAAUUGUUGUCCAAUGAUAGCGACUUAGAAGCCACUUCCGACC